AUGACCAAAAGCAUCAUCACUAUCAUUCUUACACUACUGGCCGCAUCGACGUUAGCGAUACCAAUCAAUUCGAGAUCUAUUAACAAACGCUCUUUUAAGGUCCCCAGGGUCGAAGUCAAAAACUAUGUCCCAAACGGUCCAAAAGCACUGAAGAGGGCCUACGCAAAAUUCGGAAUAUCAGAGCCGUUAUCUGGUCCAUCCUCACUCCACAAAAGAGAGCUCAAGUUUGGCUUUGGUGAUCUCACAAUAGUCCCUACUGGCGAUGUCGCAAAGAAAAUCAGUUCGGCUGUAGCUGGUUCCACGAGUGGCACGGAAAACGGCGAGACAACUGCCACUGGAACACAGAACGACGCUCAGUUUCUCUCGCCUGUUACGAUUGGUGGACAGGAGCUCAUCGUCAACUUUGAUAGUGGUUCGGCAGACACCUGGGUUUUCAAUACUGGUCUUCCAGCACGAUCGCAACAAGGGCAUACUGUAUUCGACCCUAGCAAGUCUUCUACCUUCAAGCUCCUCGAAGGCGAAACUUUCAACAUCUCCUAUGGUGAUGGUUCAACCGCAAGUGGCCCAGUCGGCACAGACUCUUUCGAUGUCGGGGGUUCGACGGUCGAUGUUCAGGCUAUCGGUGUGCCCAACAUAGUCUCGCAAUCCUUCGUCACAGAUAGUGCUUCAAACGGACUGGUCGGUCUGGCAUUCAGUAAGCUCAAUACUGUAUCCCCAACAGCACAGAAAACGUUCUUCGACAAUGUCAUUGCAGAGCUUUCGCAACCCGUCUUUACUGCUCAACUCAGAGGCGACGCGGCAGGUUCGUACGAGUUUGGGCAUAUUGAUACCAGCUCCUUUACCGGAGAGCUGAACGUUAUACCUAUUGAUUCUUCUCGUGGGUUCUGGGAGUUUGACUCUACUAGUGCUAUCGUCAACAACAAGGCUGUUCAAAUCCAAGGCGGCAAGGCAAUUGCAGACACUGGUACAUCACUUAUGCUCGUUACCGAUGACCUAUUGACGGCCUACUGGAACGAGGUAGAGGGCGCCACCUUAAAUCAACAAGUCGGUGGAGUGAUCUUUCCAUGCAACGCCCAACUACCUGAUCUUCAAGUGGCCAUUGGUAACAAGAUGGCGACCGUGGCCGGCGCGAAUUUCAAUUUCGCAGCGAUUGGAACUGACACCACAUCUGGAGAAGAUUUCUGCUUCGGUGGCAUGCAGUCCAGCGGUGGUAUUCCGUUUUCGAUAUAUGGGGAUGUGUUUUUCAAAUCUAAUUUCGUGGUAUUUGAAGCGACCACGCCCUCUCUGGGAUUCGCACCACACUCAUGA